CCUGGAUGUAAAACUCCAUCAGUCCAAACCUUGGUACAGGCAUGGAUGGGAAGAAAUGCAGCGUGUGGAUGUUUCUACCUCUUGUAUUUACUUUGUUUACUUCAGCUGGCUUAUGGAUAGUGUACUUUAUAGCCGUGGAAGAUGACAAAAUUUUGCCAUUAAAUUCAGCUGCAAGGAAAUCAGGUGUGAAGCACGCUCCGUACAUCAGUUUUGCAGGUGAUGAUCCUCCUGCGAGCUGUGUGUUCAGUCAAGUAAUGAACAUGGCUGCCUUCCUAGCCCUCGUGGUAGCUGUUCUGCGCUUCAUCCAACUGAAACCAAAGGUUUUAAACCCAUGGCUGAAUAUCAGUGGUCUGGUGGCGCUGUGUCUGGCAUCCUUUGGGAUGACCUUACUCGGUAAUUUCCAGCUCACAAAUGAUGAAGAAAUCCAUAACGUGGGGACAUCCUUGACCUUUGGGUUUGGCACACUGACCUGCUGGAUCCAGGCCGCAUUGACACUCAAGGUCAAUAUCAAGAAUGAGGGGCGGAAAGCUGGAAUUCCAAGAGUCGUCUUGUCAGCCGUCAUCACUCUCUGUGUAGUCCUGUAUUUCAUCCUCAUGGCCCAAGAUAUCCAUAUGUAUGCAGCCAGGGUCCAGUGGGGCCUGGUCAUGUGCUUCCUGGCGUACUUUGGCACCCUGGCUGUGGAGUUCCGGCACUACCGCUAUGAGAUCGUGUGUUCCGAGUACCAAGAGAACUUCCUGAGCUUCUCAGAAAGCCUGUCAGAAGCUUCUGAAUAUCAGACCGACCAGGUGUAACCCAUCAGCCUGUCCUUGGGGGAGUGGUGGGUGUGGCAACAGGGGAGGGGCCAGGAGGACACACUCACGGGACUUGACACAUCACCUCACGAUGCUCUUCACACACACGGACACAUACUUAUGGCCACAUCUGACAAGAGAGCUUUUCAGGGCAGGUUAUUUCUUUCUUGAACAAGCACAAGACCUCAUGUACGGAAAUACACACUGUCGCACUGAAAACAUGCACGACAGAGCCAGAAGCUUGUGCAUGAUCACCUCCCCGCCCCCGCCCUCCCA